AUGGCAAAAAUAUCCUGGCCCAGAAGGGUGAAGACGUGGUUCAGGGCAAAGAUGCAUCACAUCGAAUUGCAAGUCUUCAAGCCCAACUUACCAUCAGCAUCUGCGGCUGAAGAGGAUGCGGCGGACGGACUGGGGCUUGCGAUGCAUGGCCUUGACCUCUCCAGUGACGUGUCUGGACCAACAGAUAUCCCUCAAAGCGGCGAAGAAGGCACUCCUGCAGAAUCUCGAGACACCCCUAAGGGACUCUUAGACUACCCAGCAGAGCUUCGCAUUAUUAUCUACGAUCUCGUCUUCCGCGCCGAGACUGAGCGGAAGAUACUCUUGAAAAAAGCCUGUCCACCCAAAAAGUCUCUACUACUCACCUGCUGGCAAGCCUACAACGAAGCAUACCACAUCUACAAGGCCCAGUAUUACAAAUACUGGACGACAAAUCACUUCGUCGUAGACUUAGCAAAUUACCACCCUUGGGACCUCUACGAUAUCGAACUUCUGGCGGACCGCGACCUCCACCGCAUCAACAGUCUCACCAUCUGGGCAACGAAGCAAUACUUCCCACCAAGCCUUUGCGCACACGCUCAGCUAAUGCUGUGGCAUCUCUGCGGGGUCUGGAAGAGAGAGAUUAUAUGGGUGGACGACAUGCGCCCGUCGUGGAGAUGGUCCAGUGAGAACUACAUCGCUCUGCGGAGAGACGGCUUUGGGUCGCAACGACGACCAGGUUGGUGUCUGCAACGCCCUUUUGCGGCGCAAUGCGCGGAUGUGCUUCGCCACGAAGUGAGGCCGAUGACGUUGAAGGAGCAGCUUGUGACGAUUAUGCAGGAGUUGCAUCGAGAGACGGUGAGGGAUGAUUGCUGGCUUGGGUAA